AUGUCAUCGAACGAAAAAAAAUCAAAAACACUAGAUUCAUUUACUUCAAUCUUCCCUAUCACUGCUGAAUUAUCAACUUUAUUCAACUCAAUAGAUUGUCUAUCGAAUGAUCCAGAACACCUGCUAGCAGAACAAGAUUUAUUAAUCAAUCCGAACAAUCAAACUCAAUGGUUAAAUCAUAUUAAAAACUUGACUGAAUCAAUUCAAAGGGAAAUUUUAGAACAAAGGGGUAAAAUUGACGAGAUCGAAAUCGAAUUAUUAGGUCAAAACUUAUCAUCUGAAAUCGGUCGUAAAGGUUAUCAAAUCUUAGUUUCAGUUUAUGAAAGAUGUUUAAUUUAUUUCCCUCAAUCUUUUCAACUUUGGAAUGAUUAUCUUCAGAUGCGACAAUCUUUCAUUUUAGGUAAACCUACGCAUAAAUUCAAUCCAAAGGUUAAUAAGAAGAGAAGAUCAGACGGAACCAAUGGUGAAGGAUUAAACGUACUAGAUUAUUUGAUGAAAAAAGAUGAAGAAUUAGAAGAAAAUGAACGUGAUAUGGAUGGUGGUCAAUGGGAAGGAUGGUUAGACAGUAGUUUAGGUUGGUGUGAAUGGAAAGCACUUGCUAGUGCUCAUGAGCGAGCAUUAAUUUGGCUUCCCAAGAUGCCAAGACUUUGGUUAUCUUAUUUAACUCUCUUGACUCAUCCAGCUUGUCCUGCACCUUUAUCUCUAAGCCAUACUCGUCAUACUUUCGAUCGAGCCUUAAGAACUUUACCUCAUAGUUUACACGAAAGGAUCUGGAAACCUUAUUUGAGAUGGUCAGAAAAAGUAGCAGGUGGUGAAACUUGUGUAAGAGUAUGGAGAAGAUACUUAUCGGUGGAUCCUUCUUUAACCGCUCAUUAUGUUGAAUUCUUAAGACCUCAUAAAGCUUUGAUUGCUGCUAAGUUACUUUUAGGAUUAGUUCGAAAAGCUAGAAAAGGAAAAUAUAAAUCCCCGGAUGGAAAGAGUCCUUAUCAGAUGUUGAUUGAGUUUAUGGAGUUAUGUGAAAGGUUUCCUAAUCAAAUCGGUAUCAAUUUGAAAACGAUGGAACGAAUGAGACUUCAAGCAAGCGAACCAAAGGUGACCGAGGAAUCAUCGAAAGUGCCAAACGACAGCUCAGCACCUCAACCUGCUGACGGGUCUGCACCAUUCCAAGGUUUGGUCAGAUUCGCUGGUCCACCUACGGCUGUUCAGGGUAAAGGUUGGACUCCACGUCCCGACCCUAGACUGGCAGAUCAAACAGAAGCAUAUGACCCCAACACCGACCCUUCAAACCCUCAAAAACUUGAUAUUGAAAAAAUCAUCGAAUUAGAAGGUUUCAAUGUUUAUAAAGAUCAACUAGGACUGAUUUAUAGUAACUUAGCUACCUAUUGGAUCAAGAAAACCGAAUUUGAAAAAGCUAAAGAGGUCUUCGAAACAGGAAUUAGUAAAGUAUUAACCAUUCGAGAUUUCACCACAAUCUUUGAUGCAUAUGCCGAAUUCUCAGAACAAUAUAUUUCAUCUUUGAUGGAAUCAAUUUCAAAUGAAGAAGAAGAUAAUGAAGAAGAAGAAAAAGAAUUAGAUUUGAAGAUGAAACAAUUUGAAGAAUUAAUGGAUCGACGACCGUUUCUGGUAAAUGAUGUUUUAUUAAGAAGAAAUCCAAAUGAUGUACAAGAAUGGGAAAAACGUAUUGUUUUGUUUGAUAAAGAUCAAGAUGAAAAAAUUGUGGAAACUUAUGUUAAAGCUAUUGAGACUAUUAAUCCUAAAAAAGCUACAGCUAAUUUCAAUCAACUGUUUGUUAAUUUUGCUAAAUGGUAUGAAGAAUCUGGUUUGAGUGCUAAUAUGGGUACAGAUGAUGGGGGUGAAGGGGUUCCUGAUCUUGUGAAUGCUAGAAAGGUUUUUGAAAGGGCUGUCAAGGUUAAUUUUCAACGGGUGGAUGACUUGGCCGAAAUAUGGAUUGAGUGGGCAGAGAUGGAAGUAAGGAAUGAGAAUUACACCGAAGCUUUGAAGGUGAUGCAAAGAGCUACGAUGAUACCAGUUGAUUGGAAAAAGAAACAAAUUAGUUUCCAUGAUGAAUCUUUACCUGUACAAUCCAGAUUGUUCAAGUCGCUUAAACUUUGGUCAUUUCGAGUGGAUUUAGAAGAAUCGAUCGGAACGGUUGAAUCUACACAAAAAGCGUAUGAUUCAAUCUUUGAAUUAAAAAUUGCUAACGCUCAAAUUGUCAUUAAUUAUGCAAAUUUUUUAGAAGAAAAUGAAUAUUGGGAAGAAUCAUUCAAAGUAUAUGAAAGAGGAAUUGAAUUAUUUUCAUUUCCAAUCGUAUUUGAAAUUUGGAAUACAUAUUUAAUUAGAUUUAUAAAGAGAUAUCAAGGCAAUAAGAUUGAAAGAGCAAGAGAUCUAUUUGAACAAGCCUUAGAGAAUUGUCCAGAAAAGUUUAUUAAACCGAUCUUUUUACUUUAUGCUGAACUUGAAGAGAAUUAUGGUUUGGCUAAAAGAGCUAUGAGUGUACUUGAAAGAGCUACUACUAAAGUUGCUUUAACUGAAAGAUUUGAUAUGUUUACAUAUUAUAUUGCAAAAGCAACUGAAAACUUUGGUUUACCUGCUACUCGUUCAAUUUAUCAACGUGCAAUUGAAUGUUUACCGAAUAACCAAACAGCUGAAAUGUGUUUAAGAUUUGCUUCAUUAGAACAAAAAUUAGGUGAAAUUGACAGAGCUCGUGCUAUUUAUGCACACGCUUCUCAAUUUUGUGAUCCACGUACUGCUCCAGAAUUUUGGGAAACUUAUCAUACUUUUGAAAUUCAACAUGGAAGUGAAGAUACAUUUAGAGAAAUGUUGAGAAUUAAAAGAGCAGUACAAGCUUCAUUUAAUACAGAAACAUCUUAUCUAGCUGCUAAAGCUGCAGCAGCUAGAGCUGGAACUUUGAAAGUUUUACAACAACAAGAUGCGAUGACACAGUUAGCUAAUGGAGCUCAAGAGAAACCUACAAUGGCUUUUGUUCCAUCGAGUAAGAAUCCUGUUGUGGCCGAAGAGGAAAAAAGUGGGAAUGCAGAUGAGAUUGAAAUUGAUGAUGAAGAUGAAGAAUAA